AUGUUUUUGGGAUUGAUAGCUGCCAUCCUGUUGGUUGUACUUCAUUUUGCAUAUCAGAGAAGACGAAACCUGAAAACACUUGCACGUAGUGGAGUUCCUAUAAUACCAUCUGAUAAUGUUAUAUUGGGAAAUUUAAAAACAUUCAUAUCAUCAACAUCUGUAUUUGAUUAUGGUUUGUUAUCGAAGAAGUAUGGUAGAUCGUUUGGAAUGAUGCUUGGUAUCUUUCCUGUUAUUGUUACAAAUGAUAUUGAUGUCAUUCAUGAUAUAUGUGUCAAGCAUUAUGAUCAUUUUCAUGCUAAAAUGACAAAUCCAUUAGAUCCAGAUCCUAUUUAUUCAACAAAGGUACAUAUGUUCAAUGCAACUGGUGAACGAUGGAAAAGGAUGAGAGCUGUCACAAGCAGAGCUGUUUCAGCUAACAAUAUGAAAGAAUUAUUCGAGAUCGUCAAAGACUCCACUGUUUGUUUCAUUGAUUUUGUGAAUGAGAUGAUUUAUAAUGAUAAUGAUGUCGCAGUAAUCGAUAACAGUCAUCGAUUGUUCCAAAACCACACUUCGGAUGUGUUGAGUCGAUGUGUCUUUGGUCAAAAAACUUCAAUACAUAAGAAGAAUACGUAUCUCAAUCUAUUUUACUCUGUUUUUGGAGAACGUCUGAGAAUGGACUUUUCAAAGAAUACCCUGUCUUGGAGUUUUCCUGCUGUCAUGCGAUUGUAUGACCGAUUUGCUAGCUGUGUAGCUCUCAUUAAAGAAAGAGUCACACGUUUCAAGCCUCAAAACGCUCAAUUCUUCGAACUUUUACACGUUUUGUACCUUUCACACGAAGCGGGAAACCAGAAAUUCGAUUUUCUACAAUUCUUUAAAAAUGCCGAAAAGUUUGAUGAUGCAUUGCCUUUAGAGAAGAAAUUUGGAAGAGUGGAUUUUUCGAAAACUGCUAUUCAGCACGUUCUACUAAAACAGGAAGUGUUGGCACAAUGCCGAUUCAUCUCAAUUGCUGGAUUUGAUACUACAGCUAACACACUAUCUUUCCUACUAUACUUGUUAGCCAACAAUACUCAUUGCAAGACUCGAUUGGAAGAAGAAAUUGAAAAUUGCGAACAUUUGAAUUAUCACGCUUUAUCAUCUUUAAAAUUUCUUCAUAAUUGUAUUUUGGAAACAUUAAGGUUAUAUCCUCAUGCAUCACCAUUGCAUCAGAGACGUUGUAUGGAGUCUAUCAAGAUUAAUGAUGUUCAGUUCGAGAAAGGAAUGAAUGUGAUUGUUGACACUUGGUCAAUCCAUCGAAAUCGUCAAAUAUGGGGAGAAAAUGCAUCAACGUUCUGUCCAGAUAGAUUUGAAUGCUUAACAGAGAAACAAAAGAAAGCUUUUAUGCCGUUUGGUCUAGGACCAAGACAGUGUAUCGGAAUGAGAUUUGCUUUGAUGGAAAUGAAAACAACCAUCUUUUAUUUUUUGAAAUCAUUCAACAUUCUCACGCAAAGCUCCAAAAUUUGCAUAUCUGUGAGAGACACUGGCACAGUUUGGCCGGAUGAAAUACCAAUUGCUUUGAAGAAGAAGUUGAAAAAUGAUGUAUGA